UGCUUAAUUCUUAGUAUAGAAUGGUUGUUUCCUAUUCUAGUGGUUUUGUGUGCCAGCAAAAUAACCACACUAUGAUUUGGUAUUUGCAGAGCUCAGUUUGAAUACAAACUAAGUUGUGGUGUGGGCUGCUGUACUGCAGAACAAAUGCUGCUUCAGGCAGUUUCCCAAGUUAGUUUAUUCUGAUCAGAACAGCUUAUAAUAGAAGUAGCAGCAAAUUUCAUUAUAAAAUAGUCUGCUUGCUAUUAAUUUUGGCCUCUGCUUUUAGGAAAAAAUAUUUCAGCCUAUUGCAUGAUCUCUGAGUUUUUAAUAAAAGAUCAGUCAUGAAGAUUUGAUGUGUGUACUUUUAAUGCAGCUGUUUUCUCUGCUAUGAAAGGCACAGUGUUGAUGACAGGAGUUCUGUCUUUGCCUGUGAGUCCGAAAAGGCAGGUUUGCUACUACUUCUGAUUGGAGGGAGACCUGAAAGAAAGUGUCCAUAGUGAUUAGAGAGUAAAACAGGUGAUAUGGGAACAUCAAAAUGAAACCUCUUAGAAAAGAGGAGAGUCACAGCAGAGAAGGGUAGAAAAACAGUGUAAUUGUGUGAGUAGCACCAUGCCCAUUUCCUUGUGUAAUCUCAUUCAAAGCAGUAGUAUGGUAUUAGUUACAAUACGCAAUCCAAAGAGCUUUUAUGAGAUGAUGUGAGAAGCCUCAUGCGUGCAGAGCCUGAAACAGCUCAUGAGGAAACAGAAGGAAAAUGUAUUGUAUCAUUGCUUCUAAAAUCGGCCUUCCUGCAUUUGAUAGAGCCCCAUUUUUUUGUUCUCUGACUGCAACUUUCCUAUUGAGUAAAGCCUAAGCUCAUUCUAGAGUUACUUUUCUGAUGACUCACAGGGGUGUAGACUGAAGGCUUGGGUCAAGCUGUGUUCAGACCACUCCAGCUCUGUGUUACUGGCAGAGAUGUUUAAUUGCUCAGGGCUUAGAAGAGCGAAAUUUCCCAAGUUCUUGAGAGAUGGCUUUAGAGACAUGUGGAAGCUGUUUGAGUUGCCUGCUGAUACCUCUGGCACUUUGGAGUAUUGUUGUGAACAUCCUCCUGUACUUCCCGAAUGGGAAAGCUCUGCAUGCAGCCAGUUACCAGCUCCCCAGCUACGUGUGGUAUUUUGAAGGGAUCUGUUUCUCAGGCGUGAUGAUCCUUCUUUUGGCAGUAAUUCUAAUGACACUGGAGUGUAGCGUGUUCUACCGGUGCUGCCAGAGUGAAAGCUGUAACAAGACCUACAGAAGUUUUAUUUCAAUUGUGCUAGCCCUGCUUGGAGUUGCUUUCUCGGGAUACAGUUGCAUCAUUUUUACCCUGGGUUUGAUUCAAGGCCCUUUCUGUAAUUCAUCAAGUGGAUGGGAUUAUAUUUUCAAAGACACUGCUGGGGGGUACCUGACAGAUUACCCUGCCUGGUCUCGAUGCACAGAACCUGCUAACAUAGUGGAGUGGAAUGUCAUUUUACUCUCCAUUCUCAUAGCUCUCAGUGGACUGCAGCUGAUCAUCUGUUUUCUCAAAGUGGCUGCUGAGUUGAAGCGGACGCUCUGUGGGACCUAUUCUGUUUUUGUCCAGGCUGGGAUUCUCUGAAAAUGGGAAGGAAAUUGUUGCUGCUUCUCCCCCCACACCAGAAAAAGAGAGAUGGCCUGUCCAACAUCCGUGGUGGUAGAUUUGAGUGCUACAAAGACAAAUGAAACCUUUCUCUUCAAUCUUUGUCUCCCAAGCCUCUCUGUUUUGGAUGAAGUUGUUUGAACUGUUUGACAUCUAUGUUUUAUUUUGCCUGUCUUGUUGUCCCUGGCAGGGACUCUUCAAUUUUUUAACCUCCAACUUGUUGUGACAAUAGGGAUGUUUGAAUACCAUGGAACUGCUUUUGUAUUGAAACCACCUUUCUUUUUUUUUAAUAAACUGCUGUAGAACUGCUUUAAUACUCCCCUCUCAUUGCUUAGACCAUAUGAAUAUUUGUGGUUCCAUAAGGGCCUGGUUCAAAGCCCAGGAGGGGUUGUUAGUGCACUGCAUGAAGCCAUGAUUUCCUAAAUGACUGAAUUUUAGUUACAGACAGACCAUGAUGGCCAUGGAGGGCAGAGCUUACCCUGCUCCUUCCAUCUUGACAGUUCCUAUCUGCAGAAAGCAAUUACUGAAAGAAUCUAUCAAGUCUUCCUGCAGUAAGAAAGUUACCCAAGUCUGAUUGAGAGAUUAAAUACACAGCUCUGCAGUCAGCUGUGCUAUUGGUACAUGUUAGUAGCUGCACAGGGUUUCUUUUCACUUUAUACUCAGAGGCAAAGGUUUUUUUCAUUUUAGUCAAGUAUGGUGUGACUUGACAGAGCAUAUGAGGAAAACUUGUGAGGACCCAGUGCUUGCUUAUUAAUGCUCUUCUAAGUGACCUGAUGUCCUGACCUUGCUACAAGGGAAGGCUAAACUUCUUGACAGUAAUGAUCAGAUGAACAAGAAUAAUCUGUAUUAAAUUAGCAGCUAAAAGGUACUUUUACUUUCUCAGAGAAUUAUUAUUUUAUUCCCAGUGAAAAUUCAGGGAUUCACAAUGAAGUGGACAUCUGGCUCAUUUGCAGGUGCAUGGGCAAGAUUUGGCUGUAUUCAGCACUCUGAUUGUGAGAGAAUGAACACCCAGUGGAAAGAGAAAUAUGGAUUUCAGACUUGCAGUAAUGCACAUAUCCCUAUUACAUCAGAACUAGUGGGAUUCAGAUAUAUCAAUGUCUAAUAGUAAACACUGUUAGAAAUGCAAAUCAAACAAUAAGUGUCAGCUUUGGGUAAGUUAUUUAUAAAAAUAUAGAAUAUAUCAGUCAUUUAAUUCAGUUUCAAGACAAUAUUGAGAUUUUGCCUUCAUAUUCCUUUAUCGGGUUGUUUUGAAAAGCUGAUUUCUUCCUGUAGGAUUUGAUUUUAAUUGCUUAGUUUCUAUUAAGUUGCAAGAAGUAAUAAAAUAAUUAAUGAUGUUUAAGAAUGGGACUAAUCUUUUGGGAGGUGGUUUGAGGUGGCAUGGCUGGUCAGAGGUGCAUGAUAAAAAUACAUGAUUAUAAAAUGA